GUACAGUCAACAUCGUUGUUUGUGGUUCUAAAAUAAUCAAAAUGGCUUCCUGUAUAAUACCUUUUUGGUUAUUUGUCGUUGUCUUGACUACAGUGUCUGCUGCCCCACCUGAUGAAAAACCUUUGAAAUGCCCGGAGGGUGAAUAUUACAUCAAAUGUAGCCUGGCGGAGUGUGUUCAGAAAUGUGAUCACUUGAGGCAUCCUCCGGCUUGCCCGUCUCUUCUGCCAACUUGCUACAGUCCUGCCUGUUUGUGUAACGAAGGAUACUUGAGGAACUCUAAAGGAAAAUGUAUCUCCAAAAGUGAAUGUUAUCGAGAGCUGUUCAAUUAAAGAAAUAUUAAACUAUAGAUAAAUUCAUUACCAAUAAAA